AUGUCCGGACCGGACGCAGACUUUGAUCUGUCGAAAGCACUCGCAGAUCUUGCAAAGGGUGAAAUGACUGCCUCGGCCCUGGAAAAUCAACUCAACGCAAUUGAAAGCCAAGUUGAUGAACUCUUGGCAUCUUUCGAAAAGCAGGGUACUGCUGCAGCGGAGGCUACGUCUGUCGACAAAACAGACCCUCGUCAACCAUGCACAGACCAGGAUCACAAAGUAGAGCCAUCGAAUAGUCCACCCAAGUGA